AUGAUCGAGUACACAAGUAGCACAGCGCCUGAUUUUGAGUACACAAGUAGCAAAGAAUAUGUGAUCGAGUACACAAGUAGCACAGAGCCUGUGAUCAAGUACACAAGUAGCACAGAGCCUGUGAUCAAGUACACAAGUAGCACAGAGCCUGUGAUCAAGUACACAUGUAGCACACAGCCUGUGAUCAAAUACACAAGUAGCACAGAGCCUGUGAUCAAGUACACAAGUAAAACAGGGCAUGUGAUCGAAAACACAAGUAGCACAGAGCCUGUGAUCAAGAACACAAGUAGCACAGAGCCUGUGAUCAAGUACACAAGUAAACCAGGGCAUGUGAUCAAAAACACAAGUAGCACAGAGCCUGUGAUCAAGUACACAAGUAAAACAGGGCAUGUGAUCGAAAACACAAGUAGCACAGAGCCUCUGAUCAAGUACACAAGUAGCACAGAGCCUGUGAUCAAAUACACAAGUAAAACAGGGCAUGUGAUCGAAAACACAAGUAGCACAGAGCCUGUGAUCAAGUACACAAGUAGCACAGAGUCUAUGAUCGAGUACACAAGUAGCACAGAGUCUAUGAUCGAGUACACAAGUAGCACAGAGUCUAUGAUCGAGUACACAAGUAGCAAAGAACAUGUGAUCGAGUACACAAGUAGCACAGAGUCUAUGAUCGAGUACACAAGUAGCACAGAGCCUGUGAUCAAGUACACAAGUAGCACAGAGUCUAUGAUCGAGUAUACAAGUAGCACAGAGCCUGUGAUCAAGUACACAAGUAGCACAGAGUCUAUGAUCGAGUACACAAGUAGCACAGAGCCUGUGAUCGAGUACACAAGUAGCACAGAGCCUGUGAUCAAGUACACAAGUAGCACAGCGUCUAUGAUCGAGUACACAAGUAGCACAGAACCUGUGAUCAAGUACACAAGUAGCACAGAAUCUAUGAUCGAGUAUACAACUAGCACAGAGCCUGUGAUCAAGUACACAAGUAGCACAGAGUCUAUGAUCGAGAACACAAGUAGCACAGAGCCUGUGAUCGAGUACAAAAGUAGCACAGAGUCAAUGAUCGAGUAUACAAGUAGCACAGAGUCUAUGAUCGAGAAAACAAGUAGCACAGAGCCCGUGAUCGAGUACACAAGUAGCACAGAGCUUGUGAUCGAGUACACAAGUAACACAGCGCCUGAUUUCAAGUACACAAGUAGCAAAGAAUAUGUGAUAAGAGUACACAAGUAG